CUUGAAUUAAACAGUUUUUCCCCCAGCCCCCGGGGAUGGCCACACACCAUUUGUACAGCAGAAGUUGGUGUUCCCCGAGAGGGGAAACAAUGGGAGCCGGCCUGCCUGUGAAUAGGAGAGGAGCUUGCCGUUUGGAGAGUUUUAUGUUGAAUUUACAAAUGGAUCUGGGUGAGAAGAAAUCUGAGCAACGUGGAAACAGACAUGAAAUAAAGGGUUGUGUUUUUUUUUUGAUACCGAAAGGACACGUGGAGAAGGGACAGCCCCAUCGCCCCGCCAAGAGCAAGGACGCCCACGUGUGCGGCCGGUGCUGCGCCGAGUUCUUCGAGCUGUCGGACCUCCUUCUCCACAAGAAGAACCUGAGCCCCCUGGCGGCCUUGGCCCAGCAGCGGAAGAGCAAGCCGCCCACCGUCGCGGCCUUCGAGGCCAAGAGCACGUCGGACGAGGCGUUCUUCAAGCACAAGUGCAGGUUCUGCGCCAAGGUCUUCGGCAGCGACAGCGCCCUGCAGAUCCACCUGCGCUCCCACACGGGCGAGCGGCCCUUCAAGUGCAACAUCUGCGGCAACCGCUUCUCCACCAAGGGCAACCUGAAGGUGCACUUCCAGAGGCACAAGGAGAAGUACCCCCACAUCCAGAUGAACCCCUACCCCGUGCCCGAGCACCUAGACAACAUCCCCACCAGCACCGGCAUCCCCUACGGCAUGUCCAUCCCCCCCGAGAAGCCCGUCACCAGCUGGCUGGACACCAAGCCCGUCCUGCCCACCCUCACCACGUCCGUGGGCCUGCCGCUGCCCCCGACGGCAGCGGACAACGGCCCGCCCGGCGCCGCUGCCUUCACCAACCCUCUGCUGCCGCUCAUGUCCGAGCAGUUCAAGGCCAAGUUCCCGUUCGGGGGCCUCUUGGACUCCACGCAGGCCUCGGAGACGUCCAAGCUGCAGCAGCUGGUGGAGAACAUCGACAAGAAGGCCGCGGACCCCAACGAGUGUGUCAUCUGCCACCGGGUGCUGAGCUGCCAGAGCGCGCUGAAGAUGCACUACCGCACGCACACCGGGGAGCGGCCCUUCAAGUGCAAGGUCUGCGGGCGCGCCUUCACCACCAAGGGCAACCUCAAGACCCACUACAGCGUGCACCGCGCCAUGCCCCCGCUGCGCGUGCAGCACUCCUGCCCCAUCUGCCAGAAGAAGUUCACCAACGCCGUGGUCCUGCAGCAGCACAUCCGCAUGCACAUGGGCGGCCAGAUCCCCAACACGCCCGUGCCCGACGGCUACCCCGAGUCCAUGGGCUCCGACACCGGCUCCUUCGACGAGAAGAACUUCGACGACGUAGACACCUUCUCCGAUGAAAACAUGGACGACGUCUCUGGGCCACCCCCAUCAGCCGCCACCACCCUCACGGACAACAGCAUCUCCACUGGCCUCUGCAGCCCGGUCCUCGUGGCCAGCUCUGACCAGUUCAAGGCCAAGUUUCCCUUCGGAGGGCUGCUCGACUCCAUGCAGACGUCGGAGACGUCCAAGCUGCAGCAGCUGGUGGAGAACAUCGACAAGAAGGCCGCGGACCCCAACGAGUGUGUCAUCUGCCACCGGGUGCUGAGCUGCCAGAGCGCGCUGAAGAUGCACUACCGCACGCACACCGGGGAGCGGCCCUUCAAGUGCAAGGUCUGCGGGCGCGCCUUCACCACCAAGGGCAACCUCAAGACCCACUACAGCGUGCACCGCGCCAUGCCCCCGCUGCGCGUGCAGCACUCCUGCCCCAUCUGCCAGAAGAAGUUCACCAACGCCGUGGUCCUGCAGCAGCACAUCCGCAUGCACAUGGGCGGCCAGAUCCCCAACACGCCCGUGCCCGACGGCUACCCCGAGUCCAUGGGCUCCGACACCGGCUCCUUCGACGAGAAGAACUUCGACGAUGUAGACACCUUCUCCGAUGAAAACAUGGACGACUGUCCCGAGGGCAGCAUCCCCGACACGCCCAGGUCGGCGGACGCCUCCCAGGACAGCCUGUCGUCCUCGCCGCUGCCCCUGGAGGUGUCGAGCAUCGCGGCCCUGGAGAACCAGAUGAAGAUGAUCAACGCCGGCCUGGCCGAGCAGCUGCAGGCCAGCCUCAAGGCCAUGGAGAACGGGUCGGUCGAGGGGGACGUCCUGACCAACGACUCGUCCUCCGUGGGGGGCGACGUGGAGAGCCAGAGCGCGGGCAGCCCGGCCAUGUCCGAGUCCACCUCGUCCAUGCAGGCUCUGUCCCCCUCCAGCGGCGCCCAGGACUCCCACAAGUCGCCCGGCGCCGACGAGAAGCCCCCGAGGGCGGGCCCGGGCGAGUUCGCCAAUGGCCUGUCUCCCGCCCCCGUGAACGGCGGGGCCCUGGACUUGACCUCGAGCCACGCGGAGAAAAUCAUCAAGGAAGAUUCUCUGGGCUUCCUCUUCCCGUUCAGGGACCGGGGGAAGUUUAAGAACACAGCUUGCGACAUUUGCGGCAAAACGUUUGCUUGUCAGAGUGCCUUGGACAUUCACUACCGGAGUCAUACCAAAGAGAGACCCUUCAUUUGCACAGUCUGCAGUCGCGGCUUCUCCACCAAGGGCAACCUGAAGCAGCACAUGCUGACCCACCAGAUGCGCGACCUCCCCUCCCAGCUCUUCGAGCCCAGCUCCAACCUCGGCCCCGGCCAGAGCCCGGCGGCGAUGCCCCCCACCAACCCCUUGUCGUCGCUCAUCAAAACCGAGGUCAACGGUUUCGUGCACGUCCCUCCUCAGGACAGUAAGGACCCCCCCGCCGGCCACGUCCCCCCUGGGCCCUCCGCCACGUCCCCGGUGCUGCUGCCGGCCCUGCCCCGGAGAACUCCCAAGCAACACUACUGCAACACGUGUGGCAAGACCUUCUCCUCAUCCAGCGCCCUGCAGAUCCACGAGCGGACUCACACCGGGGAGAAGCCCUUCGCGUGCACUAUCUGCGGGAGAGCGUUCACCACAAAAGGCAAUCUGAAGGUCCACAUGGGCACCCACAUGUGGAACAGCACGCCCGCGCGGCGGGGCCGGCGGCUCUCCGUGGACGGCCCCAUGACCUUCCUCGGAGGCAAUCCCGUCAAGUUCCCCGACAUGUUCCAGAAGGACCCGGCGGCCCGGUCGGGCAGCGGCGAUCCGUCCGGUUUCUGGAACCAGUACGCGGCGGCGCUCUCCAACGGGCUGGCCAUGAAGGCCAAUGAGAUCUCCGUCAUCCAGAACGGCGGCAUCCCCCCCGUCCCGGGCAGCCUGGGCAGCGGGAGCAGCUCGCCCAUCACUGGCAGCGCCCUCGGGGUCCCCGGAUUGGCCUCUUGCUUCAACGGUGUUUGGAUGAAACGGACCCAGCGACCCCCUUCUUCCAGCCCCCGACCACCCUCCGACCUCUUUCCAGUCGCCAACGUCAGAACCAGCUCAGCCACCCUCGGCCUCCGAGACCAGCCAACACCGUUUUUGAGCGAAGCUCCUCAUUGCCCAGCAACCACGAGCUCCCAGAUCCUCAGCAUCAUCCCACCGGCGGCGGUGGCUCUGGAGGCGGGGCCGCUUCUGCCCCGAGUGGCCGAGGAGAAGCCCGAGGGUCCCCAGCGGCUCCUGAAGAGGCAACACCGGCCUGGCAGCGGCGCCCUCUCCCGGGACGCGCAGGAGCCGCCCCCGAUGAGUCAAGCCGCCACGGCUGCCCUCCUGACCUUGCGAGUCAUUAUGAUCAUCGCCGCCCCCGGCCUCCGAUACCGCAGGCACCCACCACCCCAGGGCUGUUAG